AGUAGACAUUUUUUGGCUCUGCCAGAGGCAUGUCUAGAAGCAAGGUGAUCAGCAGCAAUGAGAAAUGGCGCUGCUUCGAGCUUGGAUGACCUUCGCGCUCCUCGCUGGUACUCAGGCAGCCGUGGCUGAGUAUGUACUACAUGCAGGCGCUAAGCGCCUCCAUGGGCCCACGAGAGGAGGUUCACUGGCAAGCGUGUGGGAUCCAUUCAACAACUCUAGUACACUCACGAGCGGAAGCCAGACGAGCACCAUCACCCUGACGUCCACCUCAGACACGAGCACAACCACUCUAACAUCUUCGUCGGUCACAAGUACUACCACCAUGACGCGCACAUCCGGCACCAGCACAACCCACACAAGCACAAUCACCCUGACGCCCGCUUCAGCCUCGUCCACCUCUUUUACAAGCACUACCACCAUGACGAGCACUUCCGACACCAGCACUAUGACAAGCACUAUUACCCUGACAUCCACUUCAGUCACGAGCACGACCUCCCUGACGUCCACCUCGUUCACAAGUACUGCCACCAUGGCGAGCACUUCCGACACCAGCACUAUGACAAGCACUAUCACCCUGACAUCCACUUCAGUCACGAGCACGACCACCCUGACGUCCACCUCGCUCACAAAUACUACCACCAUGACGGGACCAUUCGAAACCAGCACUGCAGGGACGAGCACCUCUACAAACGCAUCCGAAAGCUUUGUGAGUUCUGGUACGCUGACAUGGACCACGGAGGUCAGUACCACGCGGACCACCACGACUACUAUUCAGGACAGCACUACGUUGUCCACUGCGAGCACUCUGGCACCGCCUCAAAUCACUGGGUCGAUCGAAAUAACAGGCAUCGACCCAGUGGCGGUUCGGAACGGCCCAGAUGCAGGGAAGUUGCUGACCUCGGUCGGCUUGACGAUCGCUCAGGUGACGGGGACGCCCGCAAGAUAUGUCACCACCUGGUUCGCAAAGCUUCGACGGCUCAUGGCCGCCUCGCGUGGUCUAUCCACCGCGGUCCUCGUUGUAGAGUACAGCAUUUCUGUGCCCGCGGAUGUCCCAGCCGACAUCCCAGAUAUUGCCGCCACGCAGGCAUCCCUGGAUAGCGUGGAUGUCAAUUCUUUCACGUCUCUACUGCAGGCGAACCUUGACGCGCAGGUCGGGGGGGAGGUGUACGUGGUCACUGUAACGGGAGUCACAUCAAUCAUUAUCGAAGAUCCGGGCGCCGCCUUGCCCGAGGGAGGGAACGCUGAUAAUUCCGAGGAGGAUGCACCUGAAAUUAUUGUCGGCAUUGUCGUGUCAUCGGCAGUUGUCCUCGUGUGCGGAUCUUUGGCCCUGUGCCAGGUCUUGCGCAGGCAUCGGCGGCAGCGGCAGCCCGCGAGGCAGGGCAACGACCUGGAGAUCCCGCGCUUCGACGUGCAGAGCGCUCUGUCGAGGCCCAGCGCCAGGUCCGACAAGCAGCUCUCGGUCCGCUUCGAGGACGGCCGGCCGCCCGCGGGCGCUCCCAGCCUGGCGAGCGUGGGCUCGGCCAGCGCCGCCGAAGCACCAGCCGUGCCGACGGGGUCGCCCGGCGGCCCGGACCCCGGCACCGCCGAGGCCACCGCGGUGGGCUCGGCGACGAGCGCCGCUCGCAGGCGGAGCGCCUCGGAGCGUCGCCGCAGCGCCGACGACGCCGACGCAGCCAGCGCCGCCGCCUGCGUCGCACCGCCGCUGCUGCCCGAGGAGCUGCUGGUGCACGCGAGCCCGGCGCCGCCCGCAGUGCCGGUCACCCUGGAGGCGGCGCUGCUGCUGCCGCGCGGCGGACAAAUCGUCGCGCUGUGAGCGCGGGCCCGCUCUUCUCUCGGCGAGAACGGCCUGUGCCAGUGGGGGGGGGAGGGGGGAGUUGGAGCUUGUCCUCCAUGCAUCCCUCUCCUUCCCGCCCCCUGGCGAAGCACCGGCCAGCAACGGCGUGCGCCCGACGGCGAAUCGGAGGGCGCCGCAGAGGACGCGUGCCUCCGCUCUUGCGGCGGCUGCAGGCUGCGCGGCCCGGAAGCUGCGGGCUGCGCGGCCCGCCGAAUGCGCACGACGUGGGGCGCCUGCCCCUCGCCGCGGGGCGCACUGUCGGCGGCGUCGCGAGGAGCGGGGGCCCAUCUCCGCGCGAAGAGGAGAAGUCGGCAUGAGCAUCUCCAGAGAGCCCGUUUUUUGAUCCCCUGGCGAUCACGGGCGUGACUUCAUCAGGACACCGCUGCGAGCCGUCGGGACACCCUGGCGAGGGCAACGCAAGACGCGAACCACGGAGCCACGAUUUUCCUAGGGGGCGGCUUCAAAGAAGUUAUCCCGCUUUCAACCUCAGUUUGUGAAGUAGCUGGGCCAAUGUUUGAAAGUUUGUCGUUUGCGGGAGUCAGCGCCGCACUGCGCGCGGCAUAGAAUGUCGCGUCAGCGCGCUGCAGCCACCGCCAGUGGUUCAGUGUUUUCAAGAGUUCGUGCAUGUUGUGAGUUGCUUCGGUGCUGCUGCAGAUAGUCAGCGUGGCCAGCUUGCCAGCGUGGCCAGCCAAAUAUUGGGAGCGCGGUCGCAUCUCUGCAGGAGGAGCGAUUCACUGCCAGCCUUCUCGACGAUGCCAGGGAGGAGGUGUAGCCCCGCUGACGGAAAAUUGCGGGCGGGGCAUGCCUCCAAGGUUUCUGUUUUUUUCCAGGAGGGCACCUAGUGCAAGCAGAGCAUAGGUUAUUUGGUUUAAGGCUCGGUUGGCCUAGGUCGGCAACAGCAUUGACGCAGGCAUUAGUGGCAACUCGUAGUGUUUGAGCCCUAGAGGCGCGCAUGCGAUGCUACUGGGGACUGGCUACGCAACAAGUGCGUAGCGUACGCUCUCGGCACGCACUGUACCCUCAUUAGAGUUGUUUUGCGACGCAAUAGUCGCAGAGCCGAUGCCUCGCUGCUGCGCUCAAUUUCCUUUGGACAGUCGGACAGUCGGGUCGAACGGGGUGGCCAGCGAGCGCCGUUUUAGAGUUGGGGCAGUGAUAGUGUUGCAUCAGUCAUGGUGCAUGGCUGCGUUGGUCAGGGCAUCUUUCGCCCGUGCUGCCACAAAGAUUGGCUGGCAGCGAGGCGUUAGAACCAUUCUGUCGCUUGUUCGCUGGAGCUGCCACCAGGCACGGCUUGUGCAACAUGAGCCGGAGAGCGACAGAGCAGGCGGCAUUUGGGUCUGGAGUCCGCGGGCUUUGUGCUCUCCUCUUUGGGGGCCGAUGCCUUCCAGGGGAGAUGUCCAGAAGCAACAUGCGCAAAGGAACACGACGGGUUCGACUGCGCGGGCAUUCGCGCGUGAGCUUCCUUCGUAAGCUUGCGCGUAGGCGCCUUUGUUUCCAAUGCCGCGCUGGCAGCCCGCGUAAGCCACCGCGUAAGGUCGCUAUUCCGUCUCGCGUACGACCCCAUUCUUUUCGUCGCUCACAUGCUCACAGCUGGGAUCUCCCGGGCCCAGCUCUUGCCCUCUCAGGCCCGUUUGCCUCCUUUUGGGCGGCGUGGCUGUGGCGGACGUUCAUACCAGUGAGAGGAGCAGGCUCGCAGGUGGUGGCAGGCGGAGCAUGAUCUGAGCACCACCCCAAACGAGGUGUCCAGACAACACAGACGAUUGCAGUCAGACUGAGGCCUAG